AUGGACUCCGCAUAUACUUAUCAAGACGCGGUCGACAACGUUAUCGCAGCUUUUAAACCCGCGAAUGACUCAAGCUACGGCCCAACUUGUGUUGUUUGCAGACGAGAGUAUGGAAGUGCUGGGCAAAGUUUCGAACAUGAUAACAUCGACUUCUUAGGCCAACUGCCCGGCCCUAUCAGACGAAGAUACAUCGAAGAUACCGUUGAAGCCAUACAGACACCAUGCAACCACACUUUCUGUCUCCGGUGCAUAAGCUUCUGGUGCCAGGACAAAGCAAUUUGCACAUGUCCCAUGUGCCGUCAUCCAAUUGUUCUUCGAAGGGACCCUGCCGAUCUCGUACGUCCAGAUCAGGACCUAUUUUGGGAUGAGAAUGAUGCGUUGUGCUUGCCACCGAGGUGUAUGACCGCCUUGGGUUGGGAAAACCGCAAUAUUUUCAAGCUGCAGACCCGACACCUAGUCACAACAAUGAAACCCAUGCCCUUUCUGUGGAUCAAAGAGGUCAUGCUGCAUGACUUGCCCGUGAUCAUGGUCAGCAUCGCGCGUCGCUUCUAUUAUCACGAUUUGAGGCCAACGGAGACUGUGCCGUCCGAUCUUUCGUCUCUAGCACGACACAACCCCAAAGAUCUCGCCAAAAGAUUACCCGUUAUCCGCACUCUAGAAGCACUGGCUCGCAACGACGCCCCGAUUGCUUACCACGAAGACGCUUUUCGGCUGUACGAGGGUUUGCGCGACAUCAUUAACAAUCCGCGGGGUAUUGCUUUUGACAAUGACGGAACGUGUCAGAGCUGGGGGGAGGCUGUGCUGGCAGUCAUAUCUACACUUAUGGAAGAGAAGACGCUUGUCAGCACAAGCGGAGGCGUGUCACAGAGAAAAUGGUGGAUGUAUGUUUGGUGCGUUAUCAAGGCUUUGAUGGUGUGGCAGGCGUAUGCUGCGCGUUUGCGUGUUGUGUGGCGCUUGCGCCACGAGCAGGGUGAAUACGAUUGGCGCAGUUGA